AUGCCUUUGAGACUGAGUUGGAUCGUAAGCCUAAGAUGCAACCACAGCGAGCGUAGCGAAGGGUCAAACGAGGCAGUUGACCAGAUUCGGCGACGCUCCAUCCGGAAUGGCCGUCAGGUGUUCGCAGAGAACGUCGUCUGGGGCGUUGAGAACCCCGAGGAUAAACCGAGGAACCUGCUCGAGGAGCUCGUUUGGGCCAAAGAGCGUGAAAUUGAAGUGCGUCGGCAGCGCAUGCCUCUGUUCCUUAUGAAAAGCCGCUUAGAGAAAAGUGAUGUCGCUCCGGUGCGCGACCUCAACUCGGUUUUCUGGGACUCCGCAGGGCCGGAGAGCGUGCUCUUUUUCCAGUACCAGCGCUGCUCACCGGAAGACACAGAGUCUGCACCUAUUCUGGCAAAUGUGGCUGAAGAGAAGAACGAUGCCAGAGCAGUCGUGGUGAAUGCCGAGUCGCGCCGCUUCUACGGCAGCUACGAGGAUAUUCGGAGGGUUCAUGAGGUCGUCAGGUGUCCGGUUAUCUGCAAGGACAUUUUCGUGUAUCCAUGGCAACUGUACGACGCGCGCUUUUAUCAAGCUGAUGCUUGUGUGCUUAUCAUGAAGGUGCUUGGGUUGAAGGAUACGCUGUAUUUUGCCAAGGCAAGCGUUGCGCUGGGGAUGGCGCCCAUCAUCGAAGUGCACGAUGCCGCCGAGUUGGAUGCGCUUUUGACAGCAAAGAGGCAGCACAGCGAUGACGGCCGCAUUAGCAUUCUGCUUCUCGCGAAGAGAGACCUCGACAGUCUUGUGCCUAUGCUUAGCGACUCAGAGGCGUUGCUCGAGCGGUUCGCACCGGAAGCUAGGAGACUAGGGCUUCGAGUCAUCGUGGAGCUGCCACGUGAGCACGCCCCCAAUGCCUCAUUGCUGAGAGGUCUGCGUGAACGAGGUGCGGACGCUGUCCUAGCAAGCACCAUGCGAGAUGACAGAGCCCUGUAA